UCUUCAAAAGUAAAGAAUUAAGAUUUAACGUUUCUAGGGUUUUAUCAGGGAUAGAAAUCCGAGUGCGUUUCAAUGGAAAACCUCAAUACUUUUUAGUGACUGAAAAUGGAAAAUUCAGAUUUGAAAAUCACAUCUCCACCGCCACAAGAAGAACCAGAGCGUAAAAGGCCUAGAAUGUCCACCACGACCUCCGACGAAGAAGAAAUUGCAACAACAGCCCCCGGUGAUGAAACCGCCACAGUCAAAAAACAACGAUACAAACGCCGCAAAAUGGCGAUAUUCUUCGCUUACUGCGGCGUUGGCUACCAGGGGAUGCAAAAGAACCCAGGCGCUAAAACUAUCGAAGGUGACCUUGAAGAAGCCCUUUUUCACUCUGGUGCCGUCCCCGAACAGGACCGUGGCUGCCCCAAGCGGUAUGAUUGGGCUCGCUCUGCUCGCACUGAUAAGGGCGUGAGCGCCGUGGGACAAGUCAUCUCAGGCCGCUUCUACGUCGAUCCGCCAGGACUUGUUGAUCGCUUAAAUUCAAUUCUUCCGUCCCAGAUUAGGAUCUUUGGGUAUAAGCGAGUGACGGCCUCGUUUAAUGCUAAGAAGUUCUGUGAUCGCAGAAGGUAUGUGUAUUUGAUUCCUGUUUUUGCUCUUGACCCAUCAUCGCAUCGUGAUAGGGAGAGUGUGUUAGCUAGUUUAGGCUCUGGUGAUGAGCUCGUUAAAUGUUUGGAGUGUUCAGAGAGAGGAAGGAAAGUAAUUGGUGCCGUUGGUAAGCGUAGUUUUGAAUCAAAAUCGGAGGCUUUUCAGACAGACAUUUUAUUGAAUGGCGGAUGUGCAAUUGCAAACUGUGAAAUCAAAGAGGAUAUUAGUAUGUCUAUGGAUAAUGCUCAUGGCGUUCGUAUGCAUUCUGAAUUUGUUGAACAAACUAAUGUCUCACAUAAUGAAGAUUCUGAAACAGAAUCUGCAAUGCCUCGGACUGACAUUUUAUCUAACAGUGAAGAUGGUAAUGUCAAAUCCGAUAGUAAACAGGAGGAGGUUAUGGUGUCUGAGGAUGCUGCUGAUGGUGGGAAUAAAGAAUCAGAAACCAUGGAGAAAGACUCGAAGGCUAGUGUUGGAGAAGAGAGAGUUAAUGGAGAGGAGCACGUGAUGAAAGGAAGUGAAUUUUGUUAUGGAGAGGAGGAGAAGGAGAAGUUCAAUAGAAUAUUGAAGUAUUAUGUGGGGAGUCACAACUUCCAUAACUUUACCACUAGAACUAAGGCUGAAGACCCCUCUGCUCAGCGCUACAUUAUCUCUUUCGAUGCAAGGACUACUGUUACUGUUGAAGGUAUUGAGUUUGUCAAGUGCGAGGUUAUAGGGCAGAGCUUUAUGCUUCACCAGAUACGGAAGAUGAUUGGUCUUGCUGUCGCAAUAAUGAGGAACUGUGCCCCUGAAUCAUUGAUAUCAACUGCUCUACAAAAGGAUGUAAAAAUUAAUGUGCCUACCGCUCCUGAAGUUGGCUUAUACUUGGAUGAAUGUUUCUUCACAUCAUAUAACCAGAAAUGGAAAGACCAUGAAGAACUUUGUAUGAAAGAUUAUGAAGAAGUAGCAGAGGACUUCAAAAUGAAGUACAUAUAUUCUCACAUUGCAUCAACAGAACAGAAGGAAGGAGUGGUAGGCCUGUGGUUACAUUCUCUUAACUACCGAAAUUAUCCUGAUCUGCGUUUUUGCUACACGUUAGAUGCUAAUAAUGAGAAAAGCACGGAGGUGGUGAAUAAUGGAGAUGCUAAUAGUGAGGAAAGUGCCCAGGAGAAGAACUCGGAAGAUGCUGAUGUUGAGAAAAAUGGCAAAGUUGAGAACAUGGUUCAGGAAAGUAGAGCGCUAAUAUCACAUUGCUGAUAUUUAACAGAUAAUUUUCCGACCAAGAUUUGUACUUGAUUUGGACCUCAUUUAUAUAUAAUUAGUUCUUGGUUAAUUAGUUUUAGUAAUCUUUGGUUUCCUGAUUGAUAGACCGAUUCUAUUUGAAUCGCAACUUAUAAAGGAAAACUUCUUUUUAUAGA